AUGGGUGAUACAAAAGAAGCUAAAAUGCAGAUAACACCAGAAACUCCAGGACGAGUCACAGUCCUGAAUCCCUUUGAAAGUCCCAGUGAUUAUUAUACCCUUCAGGAGCAGAUUGUCUCCAGUCCUUCAGUCUUUAAAUCAACAAAAUCCUCAUCUACACCAGGAAAAUUUAGAUGGUCUAUUGAUCAGCUUGCUCUAAUAAAUCCUGUGGAAAUUGACUCGGAAGAUGUUCGACGCCAAGCAAUGUAUUUGAGUCAUGCUAGAAUUGAUAAGGAGACAGAAGACAGAAGACAAAAAGCCAUUGAGGAGUUUUUCACAAAAAGACUCAUAGUUCCUUCUCCGUGGACUGAACAUGAAGGCAAACAAGUUUCUCAGUUUAAUUCAACUAAAUCCAUAGAUUUAAAUAACAUAUCUCCAAUUGGAAGACAGCUAACUUUGCAGCCUGGGAAAACCAAUGCUGCUUGUCAGACUGUACUGUCUUUGCCAGUGGAUUUUAAUUUAGAGAAAAUACUAGGUGAAUAUUUUAGAACUGAUGAAUUCGCAGAUCAGUCUCAGGAAAAUCUGAGCUCUUCAUCACUCAGAAGAAAGCUGUUUUUAGAAGAAAAUGGAAGUGUAUCUGAAUGCUUGUCCCCUUCUCUGCAUAGUCCAUGUGGUAGUCAGCCACUUGGAGUGCUUUGUUCAAUUGACAUAUCUCCAGUCCGGUGCAGAAGCCCUCUGGAAACAUCUAGUUCAGGUCAGUUUUCCUCAAGUCCUAUUCAGGGAGGAACAAGGGCUUAUAGUCUUGGAAGUAUAACCAGUCCCACAUUUCCAGAGGGGUCUCCUGCACAUAAUGGUUCUCCUACUUUUUCACCAAUUGCCUUUCACAUAAGAAAGACGCCGCUGUCGGACCAAAGAAAAUUUACAUUUCGUUCUCCAGAUAUUCCUUCUUCCUCAAAUAGAAUGACACCCCCAAGUACAAGAAGUCCUUAUAUAGAUGGUUGUUCUCCAAUUAAAAAUUGUUCUCCUAUGAGGCUUGGAGCAUGUAGAGGAACUGCCCAGUAUCAGACUUCUGUCAUUAGAAUACCAAUUGCAGUUGAAAAUCAUGGUGAGGAUGAGGAAGACAAGGAAAAUGCUUCUCCAGCAGAAGCUCGGUUCCCAGAAAUGGAUAAUGGAAUAAACUUACGUCAGCAAGACGGUGAUACUUUUGCACAUGGUGCACAUCUCGUGGUAGCAACUGUGUCUAUUGCACCAGAUCACUCGGAAGCUUGUCAUCAAAGGUUGUCAUCAUUUCAGGAUAUAGAAGGCUCAAAAGAAAAUAAUACUGUAGAUAUGGCUGAUGCAGCUGAAGUGUCAGAGGAGAACACUUGGAUAAAAGAAACAAUUGGCAAUAGCAAUGCACCAAUGACCAGCUUUAUGACAGGGAUUACUUUCAGUAUUGAAAACUCUCGCAUGUGCAUGUCACCUCUUGCAGAAAGCAGUGCAAUUCCUUGUGACAACAGUAGUAUUCAGGUGGACAGUGGUUAUAAUACACAGACUUGUGGAAGCAGCAUUAUGGAUACUGCAGGGGCUGAAAACAGCUGCAGAGAAAAUGAUGUGAAUACUAACGUGUUUCAGAAUAAAACUCAGCUUCUUAGAACAAAGGAGUGUUCCAUUUUAAACCAUAAGGACAAUCAGCUGCUGAGAGCAAAAUCUCCAGAGAAGCAAUCCUGUUUCCAAAAAGCAAAAACACAUAGUACAGUAUUUGGUCAAAAUACAACUUGCAACAUUUCUGCCUGGAAACAUAAAAAUGAAAAUCAAGUUCAGGGAUUUCACAAAAAUGUGAUAUGUUCAGUCAUCAGAGGCUUUCAAAGUAUUCACAGAUAAAAAGAGCACUCACUAAAAUACUUAAUUGCACCCUGUGUAAGUAUUUUCUUAAAGGUAAGGGAAAAGUAAUGGCAGAAAUGAGUGAAUGUGAGAAGCA